CCCUCGACAAAGAUGAAGUGUCUAGUAAUAAUUUGCAAUUUUUUGUUCGGUCUAUCAACUGUAAUGGGACUUGUACAUUAUGUGAAAUUAAAGCCAGGAGCCAAUGGUUGCGUGGCCCAAGAAGGUGAAAUUAAAGUGGGUGAAACUCUAAAAGAUCCCAAUGUCUGCGGUGUUUAUGUCUGCCAAAAUAAAGAGGGCGAUGCUCUCAUACAUUACUGCCAAAGACCUGCAACAUUUGCAAAUUGCCCAAAAACAGAAACUGGCGUUUCGACAGUCAUUGACUUUCCGCAAUGUUGUUGGAUUUGUGUGGAAUACAAAGAUUGUGGAGCUGGGGCACCAUCGGAUGAAGGGAAAAAAGAUGAAGAGAAAAAAGUUGAAGAGAAAAAAGAUGAAGAGAAAAAAGAAGAAGCCUGAGCUGGAGGAUCUUCAGACGAAAAAUAAUCAUAAGAAGCAUCCUUAGAAGUAUCAUCCUCAAAAGAAACAUCGUCGGAAGAAACAUCAUCUUAAUAAGUUUCUCCCAUCUCCUGCUGGAGAUUAACCCAAAACUCGGCACUUUUUAUUGUUGUAAGGAUUAUAUAUACGUAUAGAAUAAGAAUAUAUACACCUCCACAUUCCA